GGCGUGCAAACAACAGCCCAUCAUCCCGUGCGUGCAGCGGCGUGUGCGCAUGUGUUUGUUUGUUGGGAUGUUGUAGCUCCCUCGCAUCAGUGCAUGGGUUUUGAUGUGCAGCUGCACGAAGAAGAAACAGAAGAAGAAGAAGAAGAAAUAGAGGAUUUUCAUAAUAAGAGCUGCAGAUUGGAGAAAUCCGACGACACCAGGUGACAUCAUGAGCAAAGUGCAGGGCGGGAUGAAAUGCGUGAAAUAUCUGCUCUUCGUUUUCAACUUCAUCUUCUGGCUGUCAGGGCUGUUGGUGCUGGCUGUGGGACUCUGGCUCAGGUUUGACCCAGAAACAGUGGAGCUCCUGACGGGCGAUGAAGCCCCCGACACCUUCUUUAUAGCUGUGUACAUCCUUCUCUGUGCCGGAGGGUUGAUGAUGGUCGUUGGGUUCUUUGGAUGUUUUGGGGCCGUGCGUGAGUCUCAGUGUCUUCUGGCAUCGUUCUUCGCUUGCCUCCUGAUAAUCUUUGGUGCCGAGAUCGCCGCUGGUGUGUUUGGAUUCAUAAACAAGGAACAGAUUGUUGAGGAGGUGCAGAAGUUCUACAGCAGCUCCAUUACUGACACCACCAACGUGAACGGCACGGCCAUCGCACUGAUCUACCACAACACUUUAAACUGCUGUGGAGGUUCCGUGUCAGACGUGUCUAAUGACCUGUGUGCAGACGCUCCAAGUGACACCCAGGACUGUCUGACUGCAAUCACAGACUUCUUCAAUGACAAGCUGCACAUCAUCGGAUACAUCGGGAUCGGUGUCGCGGGCGUAAUGAUCAUAGGGAUGAUCUUCAGCAUGGUUCUGUGUUGUGCCAUCAGGAACAGCAGGGAGGUUAUAUAGAUGGUGAGUUACCCCCCCCCCCCCCACCGGCCAGACUCACAGCGUGCUCCCUGAACCAACGAUCAACACACGUGCAUAUAAGAGGGGAAAAAACACCAAAGUCACAUUCAAAUGUCAUGUCUCAUAGUCCAUCCUGAUCUGGUCGGGAGGGUUUUCCUGUAUAUUCACAAAUUCAAGUCCAGCACAUCCCAGCUGUCCCAGUUCCUACCGGGUCACGUUCAACACGACACACGCUGGAUCGUCACCUUCACACCGUCCUUCUCUUCCUCAGCUUCACCGAUUUUUUUUUCACUUCUCCGUUUUCUCUUCCGUAACACACGCUCUGCUUUCGGCACGACUCUGUGACAUUCCCUGGUUACUACACUGCUGCUGCCCCACAGCCACAGCGCAGCACACAAAAGACACCGACUCUGACAGGAAUGUUGUGUAUUUGCUGUAAAUAUGGACACCGGUUUUGUGCACCUGCUGUUAACAUGAUAUAUUCUGUGCCCUUUGUAUGUUUUUACGUCAUUUAAAGGCCUCUAAUGCCAGUCAUACGUUUGUGUGCUUAAAUGUUUGGAGGACGAGCCGCCCUUGAUGAUUCAAUGUCCAUCACGUGCCUAUUGACUCACACACACACACACAAGCCUCCAGUGACUGUACUAUUUACCUGUUCCAUGUGAUCUGUGAACAUAACGACUUGUGCUUGCUCCCUGCCGCAGAUCUGUUGCUAUACUUAAAAAGCACAAUAGUGGAAGUGUAGAGGUGAUGUAUCAACCCAAAGGGUUCGGAAAGGUCUGAUGAUAAACUGACUGUAAAUGUCCAAAUUCACGUGUAAGGUCAUUGAUUAACGCCUCAUCCUGUGUGAACUGUAACAGUGAGCUAGUUUGCAUUCUGUGUGUGAAUUCUUGUGGAUCUCCAUCUUGUUGGUGUGCCAAUAAGACGUGAACUGUAGAGUAAUAUAGUCGAAGUCGCACUGUUUAACUGAAUAAAACAACACCUGGGUGCUUUUA